AUGGCAACCCAAGACGUAUUGUUGGUUGCGACCUGCAUGUUCAUGUGUCAUCCUGGCUCUUUGGCCCGGUCUGAAAAGAGACCAAAAAAGGUCGACACGGGAGCGAGCCUCGGGAUCGCCACGGUGGCCCUUCUCACGGAAAUGGACGACCCCAUCGGGAGGGGGAUCGGGAACAGCCUGGAGGUGGAGGAGAGCAUCCGGUAUCUUCAGGGGAAGGGGCCGGAGGACUUCGACGAGCUCGUCACCAAGCUAGGCGGUCACCUGUUGCACGCGAUGGGGAAGGUGGGGUCCGUGGAGGAGGGGGUGAAGAACGUUCGGUCCAACAUCGAGACGGGGAAGGCCAUGGAACACUUUCGGAAUAUGCUCCUUGCUCAAGGGGUGAGCGAGGCGAACGCGGACGUCCUCGUCGCCGGGGACCCUUGGAAAGUCUUGCCGAAAGCUUCCAACCGCACCGCGAUCGCGUACGCUGGGCCACCAGGGACGAUCAAGGAGAUCGACGCGAUGAAGAUAGGGAAAGUGUGUCAGAUCCUGGGAGCCACAAGAGGGGCCAGCACGACAGUGGACCACUCGGUGGGUGUGAGGAUCCUCAAGGGCCGGGGAGACGAGCUCGCUCCGGGUACCGAUUGGGUCGAGGUCUUUCACAACAAGGAGCUCGGUCAAGACGUUUGCUCCCUUCUUCAGGAGAGCGUGUCUGUCGAUCCCACUCUCACGGGUCGACAAAAGUCUAGUCGCAUCCUGAAGGUCGUUACGGCUAGCAGAAAUUCUUCCUAG